AUGAGCUCUCAUCAGUUUUUGAUCAACCAAACAACUUUGGCGGCUCCACCUGUUCAUUUGGUGGAGAAACCAAGUUUGAUUAAUGGCAUACCGGAUAACAUUUUAGCCUUGAUUGCACCUGUUAUAGCUUAUUAUUCAUAUUCAGGAUUUUUCUAUGUGAUUGAUACUUUAGAAAUUGCAGAACUUUAUAGAAUUCAUCCACCUGAAGAAGUUAGUUCAAGAAAUAAAGCUACAAAAUUUGAUGUUUUAAAAGAUGUUGUUUUACAACAUUUUAUACAGAGUGUUGUUGGUUAUAUCUUUACAUAUUUUGAUCCAAUUCAAUAUACUGGUGAUGAAGAAUAUCAAGCUUGGAAAUUACAACAAACUUUACCAUUUUUACCAUUUGAUGUUGCAUAUUAUUGGAAUAUGUAUGGUUGGAGUUGUUUGAAAAUUGGUCUUGCAUUUUUAAUUAUUGAUUCAUGGCAAUAUUGGUUACAUAGAAUUAUGCAUUUAAACAAGACAUUAUACAAAAGAUUCCAUUCAAGACAUCAUCGUCUUUAUGUCCCAUAUGCUUUUGGUGCUUUAUAUAAUGAUCCAUUUGAAGGGUUUUUAUUGGAUACCUUAGGUACCGGUAUUGCUGCAAUUGUUACUCAAUUAACUCCAAGAGAAUCUAUUGUUUUAUAUACAUUUUCAACUUUGAAAACUGUUGAUGAUCAUUGUGGUUAUUCAUUACCUUAUGAUCCUUUCCAAAUUUUGUUCCCAAAUAACUCAAUUUAUCAUGAUAUUCAUCAUCAACAAUUUGGUAUCAAGACCAAUUUUUCACAACCUUUCUUUACACAUUGGGAUGUUUUCAGUAAUACAAGAUAUAAAGAAAUUGAUGAAUACAGAGAAAAGCAAAAAGCUAUUACAAUUGCCAAAUAUAAAGAGUUUUUACAUGAUCGUGAAAUUGCAAAACAAAAGAAGAAGGCUGAAAUUUAUAAAGAUAAGAAAACUGAUUGA